AUGCCAACAAAUGGGAUCCACCAGGUCUUGAAGAUCCAGUUUGGCUUAAUCAACUCUGAUAACAGAUACCUAACGGCCGAGAGUUUUGGCUACAAGGUCAAUGCCUCGGCGCCUAGCCUGAAAAGGAAGCAAAUAUGGACCUUGGAGCAGGAUGGAGAUAGCUCCAUUGUCUUCUUGAAGAGCCACCUAGGUAGGUACCUAUCUGCUGACAAGGACGGCAAGGUCUCAUGUGAAGCGGAGAAGCCAGGAGGUGAUGGGCGUUUUAUCAUUAUCACUCAAUCAGAUGGGCGCUGGGCACUCCAGUCAGAACCAUACAAACGUUUCUUCGGUGGUUCUGAAGAUAGGUUGUCCUGCUUUGCCCAGACAGUCACAGAAGCUGAGCUUUGGGCUGUACACUUGGCUAUCCACCCCCAAGCUAACCUCUUGAGUGUCAGCAGGAGAAGAUAUGCACACCUCAGUGCUCAAGAGGAGGAGAUCUCCACCGACAGUAACAUCCCUUGGGGUGUGGAUUCACUUAUCACGCUCACCUUCCAGAACAAGAAGUACUGCCUGAGGACCUGCAACAACCGCUACCUGCGCAAUGAUGGCACCCUGGUGAAGGAGCCUGACCCCCGUGCAGGCUAUACCCUGGAAUUCAAGGCAGGCAAGCUGGCCUUCAAGGAUUGUGAUGGGAAAUACCUGGCACCCAUGGGACCUACUGGGACUCUAAAAUCUGGCAGGAGCUCCAAACCAGGCAAAGACGAACUCUUUAAUCUGGAAGAGAGCCACCCACAAGUAGUUUUCAUGGCCUCCAAUGGCAGAUAUGUCUCCAUCAAGCAAGGCGUCAACGUCUCAGCUAACCAGGAUGAAGAGACACACCACGAAACCUUCCAGAUACAGAUUGAUAAAGAAACCAAGAAGUGCAUCUUCCAUUCCAACACAGGCAGCUACUGGACCCUGGUGUCACAUGGGGGGAUUCAAGCCAUAGCCACUGAAGUCUCUGCCAGCACCAUGUUUGAUAUGGAGUGGCGUGGUCGCCGUGUAGCCCUCAAAGCUGGCAAUGGCAAAUAUAUCUGCACAAAGAAGAAUGGACAACUGGCAGCUGUCAGUGACACAGUGGGGGAGGAUGAGGAAUUUGUUCUCAAGUUGAUCAACCGUCCCAUCCUGGUUCUUCGUGGAGCUCAUGGCUUCGUGUGCUACCACCGCAACUCCAACUUGUUAGACGCCAACCGUUCCGUCUAUGAUGUCUUCCAGAUCAUCUUCAAUGAUGGCGCUUACCAGAUCAAAGGCCUCAGUGGCAAGUUCUGGUAUGUGGCCAGCAAUGGCACCGUCUGCAGUGAUGGUGAGAUGUCCGAGGAUUUCUUCUUUGAGUUCCGCGAGUGCAGCCGUGUGGCCAUUAAAGCAAAGAACAGCAAAUACCUCCGCGGUGACCAAGCUGGAACCCUGCGUGCGGAUGCCGACACCCUGCACUGCGCCACGCUCUGGGAGUACUGAGGCCAUUGCCACCUGCCACGUAGCACCGUAGAUGCUCUAGCUUCCACCAUGGUGGCCGAGCCAGCUCCCAGUGGACCCAGAGGUGAAGGAUGCAGAAGUCUAGUGCUCCCACCUGGACUCCAGGGACAUUAUAAGACACCCACAAUCUCCAUGGAAAAGGACCUUGCUGGAUCGGAGGUGUGGGAACCUCUUCCCCUGUUUCCCGCCGUCUUCUCUGUGUAACCUUAGAAGCAGCACCCCAAUUCGGGGAGCUACUGUGAUGUAUCAGUCAGGAUUAAAGGGACAGCGGCCCCUUUUCAGAACCAGACCAAUACACCUAUGGUUGUCUUCUCUUCCUGCCUUAGGAAGUGUGUCGCAUGUUACAAGGCCUCCUGCUUCUCCCUUGCAAUUGCCAAGCCUCCAGCUAAUGUCUGAACCAUCUACUCUACAUCUCAAACAGAAGAAGACAGAGGGAGCAGGAGGCAUUGUAAAUGUGGGCAUUCAAGCUUUGCUUCCUCUGCUCGCUGUAGCUUAGCCCAGGGGAUUCAUGGCCUAAUUGAAGGUGCACAAAGCAAGGAUCAGGGAUGCUCAGAGGGCCCAAUUACAACCUUACUGGAGGAAUGAAA